GUUUGUGUCUUGCAGACGUCCAGCAGCUGAUCGGUAAUCCAGAAGAAGUUUCCCCUCAGUUAGGGGGGAGCUCCACUUUGAAGCAGGAGACUCCACAACCACCCUGCAUUAAAAAGGAAGAGGAGGAACUCUGCAUCACUCAGGAGGGAGAGUGUCUUCUAGGACGAGAGGAAGCUGAUUACACCAAGUUUCCACUGAGUAUUCUCUCUGUGAAGACUGAAGAUGAUGAAGAGAAACCACAAGUAGACAACCUCUUAGCUCCACUAUCAGAUAGUGAGGCUGAAGACGAGGUUGAAGUAACUUUGAGCAGCGAUAAAGACUGUGAAGGUGAUAUGAGGACUCACACUGACAACAAACACUCUGAAUGCUCUGCAAAGAAGAGAGGUGAAACAUGUUUGAGCUGCUCAGUUUGUGCUGAAAGUUUUACUCAUAAGAGCAGUUUGACUCGACACAUGAGAACACACACAGGUGAAAAACCAUUCAGUUGUUCAGUUUGUGCCAAAAGCUUUUCUCGAAAAUUUGGUUUGACUCAACACAUGAGAACACACACAGGAGAAAAAACAUUUAAUUGUUCAGUUUGUGGCAAAAGCUUUUCUCAAAAUAGCUGUUUGACUCGACACAUGAGAACACACGCAGGAGAAAAACCAUGUACUUGUUCAGUUUGUGGCAAAGGCUUUUCUCAAAAUAGCUAUUUGACUCUACACAUGAGAACACACACAGGUGAAAAACCAUUUAAUUGUUCAGUUUGUGGCAAAAGCUUUUCCCAAAAUAACUAUUUGUCUAAACACAUGAGAACACACACAGGUGAAAAACCAUUUAAUUGUUCAGUUUGUGGCAUAAGCUUUUCUCAAAAUAACUGUUUGACUCGACACAUGAGAACACACGCAGGAGAAAAACCAUGUACUUGUUCAGUUUGUGGCAAAGGCUUUUCUCAAAAUAGCUAUUUGACUAAACACAUGAGAACACACACAGGUGAAAAACCAUUUGGUUGUUCAGUUUGUGGCAACAGCUUUUCUCAAAAUAGCAAUCUGACUCAUCACAUGAGAACACACACUGGAGAAAAAUCAUUUAGUUGUUCAGUGUGCUGUAAAAGGUUCUCACGUAAUGCAGACGCAGUAAAACACAUAAGAACACACAAGGGAAAAUAACCAAAUAGUUGUUUAGUUUGUGGUAUGUUGCUCAUAUGUGGCGACAUCCACCCUACCCAGGACCUCCUCACUGCUUCUUUCAUAUAUAUCUGAGGUAUUCAUACAAACUUGGAUUAUUUGAAGCAUAAUCUUAUCUACUCAUGACCCCAUGUCUUCUCUGUAUCUGAAACCUUCCUGAACAGUAAGAUAGAUGAUGCUUCAAGUGCUUGGUUACUCCUUCUUCAGUCCAGGGACCAGGGGCCUCAUGUGUCAAGUUUGUAAACGCUCAAAAACCUGCACUACACCCUUUUUCACUGCAAAAUUGAGAUGUAUCAAAACUGACUAACGCAUAAGUGAUGCUGGGUAACUGUUUGCAUAACAAAUUGCCAACUUUUACUCCUCAGACUGAUUGAUGUGCAAAUCAGAGACAUAUGAACAAUUAACCCCCAACACCCACAACCCAACCCCCACCUCCCUCGACAUGGUCCUGGUGGAGAUCUACACUCUUAGUGCUUUUCUUCUUUUUUCAGAGUAAUGAUUUGACUUUCUAAAGGUUUUGAACUACUAAGUGGGUUGAAAAAUAUGUAUGUGUUUCUUGUAGUAUUUAAAAUGUAGAAUUGUUUUUCUUCAAUGUUUGCCCUUUUUCUGGUUUGAACAACAGCCAUGGAAAAAGUCUGUGCACAUGCUUGUAUAUAUACAUUUUUUAUUUUCAAACAGUAGUUGUCCGUUUUUUGAUGUUAGAUACUU